AUGACUGAUCGAACUACUGAAUAUAUUCUUGUAUCUAGUCGACGAAAAGCAAAAAAACCAAAACAAUAUUAUUAUAAUGAAGAUAGCGAUAACGAUGAUGAGGAUGAUGAGGAUGAUAAUGAUUCACAAAUAUAUGGUCGAUUAGUUCCAAUCAAACCACGUAAAGAACAACGUAUUAAAUAUAUUUCGAAUGAUGAAAUUUUUCCUGAUUAUCGAAAGCAUAGAAGUGAACCUAAGUUACAAAUGCGAAAAAAAACUAAUGGCGAUCGAAUUCUCACUGAUGACGAUGAUAACAUAAUAAAAGUAAUACGACAUACUCAUACACCAAGUGCAUCACCUGUUGAACAUCGACGAUUGAAAUUACGUCCUCGUGAAUCGCAACCUAUUUUUUAUGAACCAUCUUCUGGUUAUUUAGUUUCGCGACCAUCAAAGAAAAAUAUUUUACAGACUAAAAGGACGCAAAUUGAUUAUGCUGAUGAUGAACCAACAAAAAUAAUGAAAAAAGUUAUUAUUGAUCCACGAACAGGUUAUCAGGAAACAAUCUAUGAAAAAGAUCAACCUAAAAAACAACGAAAAUAUUAUUUACGACCACGUCCAACUGUAGUUUUCAACGAUUCCGACGAUGAAGAUGAGCAACAACAAAUGCAAUAUGUAAAAUUAAUAAAGCAUCGAUCUAUUUCAGAAGAUGUAUUAUCAAGACGUGAUCCAUCACCAAAAUAUAUUAUGAUUAAAAAAAAGUCUAAUUCCCAACCAGUUUAUACUUUAACAUCAAAAAUGCCAGCCAUAAAAAACAGUCGUCGAGUUGUAUAUGAAGCAUCAACUAAAAAUCACUAA